AUGCCUCGUGCUUCAUCUGCGACCAAGCGACAGCAGGGUGCUGCAAACCAACGGGACACCAGGCAUGAGAAUGGACUUGUAGGCCCUGGGAAGAGGGUGCAGAAACAGAAGAGCAAUGGCCAUCUCAAUGGCCACGCCAGAUCCUCCGACGGCCUCCCAGCACCUCUUCCUGCGACGCCUCCCCUCACGAACGGGCAUGCGCGGCAUUCGCUGCCCACGGAUCAUAGCGCGGACCGCAAGAUGUCAGUGGACGCUCUGAGGAGGCCGUCGCUCAGUGCCUACUCGGAAUCGUCGUCGUCGGAAUCUUUCAGCACCAUGCCCGGCAUGUCCGUUUCUCACGAACACCACCGCCGUAUCGAUGUCAACGCUGCGAAGAACCCUGCUGUGCACCGCGAUUCCGGGCCUUUCAACCUGGUCCUAACCGUGCUGCAGUCCUGCCCGCUCUACGACACCAUUGCUAUCCUCAUCGUCCUCUUGCAGAUCCCGCCGACAUUCCUAUCAAUCAUCCACCUUCUAUUUGCUACGCUGACCUUCGUGCCCCCUUCGUUCUCGGCGAAUUCUGGAUUAAGCUUCACGGAUAUAUUUGAGGGCACAUUGGGUACGCCAUCGGUGGCAACGAUUAUCGUUGUCGAUUUGCUCGUCUUGUUAGUUUGGCUAUUCUUAUGGGCCCCGCUUCAGGAUAUUGCGUUGGAUUUGGCACAGACAGUGAUCGCGUUAACGCUUGGAGGAGGCACCGGUGGCCGGGAAGCGGGAACGAAAAAUGUUUUGGUCUGCUUCGGUAUCAUUGGGGCAUCCCAUUUCGCUCGCAGUAGCAAUGUUAAACAGUCUGGUCUCCGGGCGAUCAUUUCUUCUUCGGCAAAUGGACUCCUCGGGUCGACGGAUCCCGAUGACCCCCUCGAGACGUCUCAGAGCCAUAAAAAGAGUGCUCAUGGUUGGAUUCGGAGCAUUCUCGCGAUACAUAUACUAACACAAGGAGUUGUGCGGUAUAUUCGUGAUUGGUACGUUAGGCGGGAGAAACGAGAUACGAUCAUAUCCGUAGGCGAUCCUGAAGCGGCCAAAGGAUCACAAGAUGCCAGCGAGACACCGAAUACGCAAAGCACGGAAAAUGAUUCCUCAACCUCCUUACCCGUUAGCAACCUGACUCCAUCAAAGAAGAGAAGGAAACAGAGUGCACAGGUGCGGAUACGGCAGCCUUUAUGGGCCGCUCUAGCCAGCACGAAGAUUGUCAUGGUGAAGGAGUAUGAGACAUCACACGCAGCAGCUGAAUCUGCCGGCACGAACGCAACAGACAUCAACAACCUUGGAAAUGCACCUUUUAAUACCGAAGCAGACCGGAUAUGGAUAACAUAUAUUGGUUCUGACGAGGUUCGCUUUGCUACUAGUUUUUUCCCUACCCACUCACCGCAGAAUUGUGAGGAGAGAUGUUCAGAUUCUUCUGGUAUUGAUAAGUCGAAGCCAUUCUUCGUACGAGUCAAUAAAACCGUGUGGCAACCCACACGGGUCAAUGUCAUGACCGAACCUGAUCAAGCACCAGGACAAGAGACACGUUGGAACGGUGAGAUAUUCGGACUGGCGCCCAUGUCCAACUACAAGUGUGAAUUUAUCAGCACGGUGGAUGGCACUGUCCUUUUCUCUACGAGUGUGCGAACUCUCCAACCACGAACUGACAUUUCAGCUGCUGGAAUCGCACCCAAUCCCCACGUGCCUGGGCGUCCAGGUUCUCCAGCUACCACCCUCAGGACUUCUAUAGCUUCUUCGGAAAUCAAGCUCGCCGAGGAACGCAAUCGUCAAAAACGCGAACGCAAAGAUCAACGUGCAAAGCAACACAGCGUCCGCAAGGAGCUUGAGAAGCUCAAUGGCACCAUAUCUUCAGCUGGUAGCAAUGAUGACAGGUUGCGUCAAAAGAUCCAUCAGAGUAAUCUUCACAUGAAGCAAGCCGAAGAAGCUUUCCUCGCCCUUGAGGCUCAAAUUCAAUCCCUCGACUCUGUCCCUGCCGUAGACGAGUCUGAAUACAAGUCUUCCAAAGCCGCCUAUCAGUCCCAGAGAGAGCAGCACAAGCAAGAGCGCGCUGAUUUCAACGCUGCAAAGCUAUCUGCUGAGCAAGAGACCCAAGCCAUGAAGAAUGAAAUUGCCUCUCUUGAACAAAAGCGCGAACGUAUGCAAGCCCGUAUCGCGAAACUCAAUGGUGAGCACGAGCGAAUUACGGAUGCCAAUGCACGUGGUCUUGAUGAAGCUCAACGCAAAGCUUCUGAGCGACAACGCAAGGCAGCUGAGAGAAUGAACAUGGAGAUGAUGUUGACAGAGCGCCUUCAAUCUAUCAAUGUGUUUGGAGUGGGUGAUAUUCCAGAGGGCAACGUCCCUGUUUCUUCGAACUACCCUUGGAAUCCGCAGCCAAAUGCUGGGUUAUACGGCCCUGCCAUUUAUGGUACGGGGAUGUUUAAUUCGCCAUCCUCGCAAGGUCUCUACAAGCGUGGUCGGAGCAGUUCUAUGCACAGCAAUAUCUCUGGCUUUACCCAAUCGAGUGGUGAAGGGCCGAUGCUGAAACCGAAUUUCUCGAGAUGGGUAUCGGACGAAAGGGCAGGACAAUUUGAGAGCAUUGAUGGGAAAGACAGUAGUGGGAGUGCAAGCCGAAGCGGGUCCGGUGCUGGCAGUGUUGGAGAUCCCAAGAGUCCACUUGUGGAGGGAAAUGCCAAGCCUGCAGUGAAAUGGGGUAGUGGUGUGUGGGAUGACAAGUAG